AUGUACUGGCCCUACCAACGCCUUACCGGACCCUCCGAAACACUCAGAAUAAUACUAAUAUUGUUAAAUAUGGCUGCGGAAUUACAGUAUAAAGCUGAAUUAGUCGAUGGUAAACCUGUGUUAUACUCCAGAACUAACUUUGAAGGCUCCUGGCGAGACAUUACACACACUAGACACAACUUGGACGAUCUAGAACUCUAUGAUUUAAAUCUCAAUUUAACCACGGUAUCACAGUGUAGAACAGAGUUAAAGGGAUUUACCAUGAGGAUAAUUACUCUUUUCCUUUGCUACCACGUGAAGCUGGGUGAUAAGUUAUUGUGGUCUUACGCUGUGGAACCUUUUCAUGGAUUACCAACUGAAAUCCUUUUCAAUUUGAAGAACAACACUAUGAGUUUACUGUUUGAGGAGAAUGUAAUGGAAAUUUUGAGUAUGGAGGGGUAUGAGAAUGACUGGGUGGAGCCUGGGAAACAACUUCAGAAACCUGACGACUGGAAAUUAAUAGAAAAUGCCAAUACAGAAACUUGUUUAUUUAGUGAUAAUGACCCCUGUUUAGGAAUGAAACUUCGAGGCAGAAUCAUCUGGAUACCCAAUGAAGAUGAACCAUCCCCAAUCUCUAUCAUCUUCGAAGACAAUACCAACACUCUCGUCUUCCCAAACUACUACACAGUCUUCGAUUCACCAAAUGAUUAA